AUGGACCACAAACCGGAUGAUCUAGAGGUCAGCAAAGAGAUUUUCCGCCUCCUUCUCGACCGAGGGUUCGACGUCAAUCGCGAAUACACCGAGUGGGCGGGGUGGACAGAAGAGGGGCCGGCGAAAUCGUACCAGGCGUUUAAAGUUCUUCAUGAUAUCUUCGGUCCGUUUACUGAGGCCAUGUAUAAAGGUCUCCUCGCAGACUACAUGCACCUAGCCAAAAGGACCCCAGGAGUCCUUCACGCGGGAGUGGAAAUUAUUGAGUUCCUCAUCAGCUGUGGAGCCUCCGUCAACGGCACCAAUGUCAACGGGGAGACGGCUUUGCACGUUGCCUAUACCCUCUCAAAAACAAGCCCCUUGCCCAUCGGGGAAAAGAACGACGUACUGGCGUGGGACCUUGAUGAGGAGCAGGGCUUCACGGUGGGCUGGGCCGUCGGAACAAACAGCAUUGGCCAACAGACCAUCGAUGGAUUCCUGAGCGGGCUCCUUAGUGGUCCAAUGGAGGUAGAGAAGCGGGUGAAAAACGCGACCGCAAUUUUUGACAUACUGAUCAAGGCUGGAGCGGAUCAAAGUGUUGUGAAUGAUAAGGGGGAGACGCCGGCAAUGGUGAUGUAUCAGCACGGUUGGCUCCAGCUACCACCUUCUCCCGGUUCCGAUUCAGGAAGUGUACCUAUGGCUGAGGCCAAAUCGGACUCAGCGCAAGACGAGAACAUCUUGUCUAGUGCCUUUGCGAUCUACAAGAGGCUUCAGGAACUCGUCGCGGCACAGUCGGUUACUACUUAG